AUGGGACAACCUUACUCCUUGAAAAUCGUGUAUCCGCUUUUGAAAAUAUUAGGCGCGUGGCCAAAAUCCUCGCCAUCCUCCGUUUUAUCAACAAUUCUGAAAUGGUGUUUAAUAUUUAUCUGUUAUCUCAUUCAAUUGAUGGUCUUGAUCCCAGGGAUUUUGUACAUUUUUUUGAAAGAAGCAAAUUUAGGCGGAAAAAUUAAAAUGUUUGUCCCGCAUAUGAACGGUAUCACACAAGUGUCCAAGUAUACGAUACUGUUACGACAAAUAAAGGAAUUUAACAUAAUAUUGAAGGAGGUGAAGAGAGAUUACUCGUUGGCCACCGACAAAAAUAUGUGGAUUUUCACCACAAGAGCAUAUAUUGGCCACAAAAUGAUGAUAGCAAUAGCGAUCGCUAUGUACAGUUCUGGUGUCGGUUAUCGGAUGAUUCUUCCAUUCUUGAAAGGAAGAAUUCUUCUUCCGGAUAACACGACUGUAAGAUUGCUACCGUGUCCCGGUUACUACAUGUUUUUCAACGAACAAGUAACACCGAAUUACGAGAUUAUUUUUACCAUCCAAGUUCUCGGUGGAUUUCUCAAUUACACUACUCUGUGCGGUACUACGGGAAUUACUACGAUGCUUUGCCUACACAUGUGCAGUUUGUUGAAGAUACUAAUAAACAAGAUGAACGAUCUUACCUGUCAGUCUGAUGAAUGCGAGACGGUUGUGCGUAAGAAGCUCGCGGAUAUUGUUGAGUAUCAGAUGAAGAUUAUAGACUUUUUAAAUCACGUCGAACAACUCACGUCUUAUCUUUAUUUUUGCGAAAUUCUCGAAUACGUAUGUGGAGCUUGCGUGAUCGGAUACUGCCUUAUCACGGAAUGGGAGAACAGUAACGGUGCAGCUUUAAUAGUUUAUUUUAUUUUGGAGUUCCUUUGUAUAUUUUGCACGUUAACGAUUUGUUAUAUUGGUCAACUUCUCAUCGACCAAAGUGAUAAAGUCAGACAGAUAUCUGUAACAUUGGAUUGGUAUCGGUUACCUGUGAAUGAAGCGCGUGGCUUGAUACUGGUUAUUAUUAUGUCGAAUUAUCCAAUAAAAGUCACAGCUGGCAAAAUUGUAGACAUAUCGUUGAUCACGUUUACCGAUAUCGUAAAGACAUCUGUAGGAUAUUUGAACAUAUUACGAACAGUUGCUUAA